UAUAAAAGCUGGAUGUUUCAACCCCGGCCGUUGUGUUUUGAAGAUCGCACGCGGAGAAGGACCUUCGCUAUGUACCGAAUACUCGUCGCGGUGCUUUUGUAUAUGAGCGCUGUUAGCACGGCACCUCAAGACUCAAACGUUACGUUUGUGAAGAUCGAACCGCUUAUUAAUAAUGUAACGUCAUUACAAAAUACUACUAUUGAAACCAGUGCAGAGAAUUUACCGCUCGCCGUCCCAAGUAAUAUUACGUUCGAAAACAACGAAUUCAUUCGACUUGAUAGAAACGAUGACCUCGCUACAGAAUUUGACUCGGAAACCACGACGGAGAUAGCAGACGCUAACGAGGAAGAGGUCACAACAAUACCGACAACAACAACAACACGUCCGCCGAAACCCAAAAUUACCCAAAGUCCAAGAUUCCUAUCCAAGUUAAGUCAUUUUAAAGCAAAAACAAAUUCAAUAAAUACAGUGUCAACAAAUUCAAUAAAUUCAUUUGCAGCUGCGACAAAAGUUGACAGACCGUAUAAAAGAAAGUUCAAAAGUCGUUGUCGAUGUGAAAAAAUUGAGAACUGUCCGAAGCUGCAAAUCACUGUGCCGAGAUGUCCGAAUGACUAUUUCUUAUGUUGUUUCUAAAAAUGUUAUAUUAAUUAUAAACUUUUGAUGUGACGUCAUGGAUUUGUACAAAUACUAAUACAACGUUAGUUAACCGCUAACAAUAUUUGCAUACUUCGUCAAUGUACCUAGAACUAUAACAAGUCAAAUAGUUGGCAAGUGGGUUUUAUUAUUUUUUAUAAAAAUCGAAUAUUUUGACGUAUUUAAUACUAGAUAACACAAAAGCCAUUUCUAUAUAUCCUAUCAUUUCCGUUUUUCCAUAGGAACAAAAAGUAUUUUAUCAUGUUUUAAAGCUAAUUCUAAUCCCACCGAAUACCUGUAUAAAAUAUCAUUUCAGAGAUGAGAAAAUAAUUGAAAUGCAAUAAUUUAAUAAUUUAGUUACAGUAACAGUAACAGCCUGUUAAUGUCCCACUGCUGGGCUAAGGCCUUCUCUCCCUUUUGAGGAGGUGUUGGAGCUUAUUCUACCACGCUGCUCCAUUGCGGGUUGGUAGAAUACACAUGUGACAGAAUUUCAAUGAAAUUAGACACAUGCAGGUUUCCUCACGAUGUUUUCCUUCACCGUCAAGCACGAGAUGAAUUAUAAACACAAAUUAAGCACAUGAAAAUUCAGUGGUGCUUGCCCGGGUUUGAACCCACGAUCAUCGGUUAAGAUUCACGCGUUCUAACCACUAGGCCAUCUCGACUUUUUUUUUUAAUAAUUGAUAAUUUAGUUAAUGACUACUUUAUUACCACCAAACCAACUUUUGAUAUCGACCUAUGUAUUCUAUUCAAAUAUAUUAAUUAAGUAUUGCAUUUUUCUUUCAUUCCAAUGCUAUUACAAUAGGACCUUUUGGAAAAUAGCGUCGUAUGACGUACCUAAAGCCUUAUGAUGUAAUAAUAAUGUUGUAUGUACUAAAAUGUAAGUGUAUUGCUUGGAAAAGAAAGAGACGCGUUUCUAUCUCAACAGCAGACAUUAUUAUAAUGUGUUAUGACAGCUCAAGAAACGUUUGUGAACUGA